GCAUUGGUUGGGAUUAGGCCUGUGCUGCAGGCUGGACAGGAUUAACGGAGCGCAGUGUGGCGCCAUUCCCUGCGCUGUGCGCUCUGCUAUGGACUUCUCCGCGCGGCAUUUCUCCGUCAGCUUGGAUUGAUCGACAGCUGAGACCUAUAGCCCACACUCCGCAAUCCCUCUGAUCGUGGUGAUAUAUGGAAAUAUGGCCGACGUCCCUCAACUCGUCAAAAUUGGGAUUUCCUUGAAGAUGCUUCCCAACAAUACCGCAGUGUACUUCAAGUCCGACGGCGCCAGGUUUGGACAGACCCGGACCAUCAAGCUGCUGACGGGGUCCAAGUACAAAAUUGAGGUGGUCAUUAAACCAGGAGCGGUCGAGGCCACGUCAAUGAGUGUGGGUGGGGUGACCUUCCCCCUGGAGCAGCAGUCCAAAGACCCACAGUCAGUGGUCUAUACUGGGCAGUAUGACACAGAAGGGGUGGCACACACCAAGAGUGGAGAGAGGCAACCAGUUCAAAUCAACAUACAGUUCACAGAGGCGGGGAUGUUUGAAACGGUGUGGCAGGUGAAGUACUACAACUACAACAAGAGGGACCACUGCCAGUGGGGAAACAGCUUCAACAGCAUUGAAUACGAAUGCAAACCCAACGACACUCGUACACUCAUGUGGGUCAACAAGGAGAUGUUUGUUUGAUGCAGGAACAGCUUGACAUAUUUACUCUGCAAAAACACAAGAUGUGACGUUUCUGAUUGUCAGUAUGUCAUAUUGAAAUUAACAUUUGCUAUCUCUUCCUUUUGCUAAAAGGAUGUGUUUAUCCUCCCUUCCCAUAUCUACUUUCAAUCCAUUCCACUUUGGCUUUAUUGUAGUCUUUAACUCUCAACUACCAAUAUCAGAAAAAGGGUUUUGUCCUGUAAGAAAAUACAUCAGGUUAACUGCCAAAUCAGAUCAUAUGGCAGAACAUAUAUAAUGCUGUGAUGUUGCCAGUUUUGUUUACAUUGGUUUUACAGUUUUUAUUUUGUAUGGUGCUUCUACAAAUUUGUCAAAAUGAAUAAGGCACCUUUUAUUGAGGUUAAAUUAAAACAUGUAGCACUUCUCAACAACCUACGUGAAAAUCAGUUUUAAUUAUGUUUUGAAAGACUGAGAUAAAAUGACGUUUUGAGAUAAAUAUUUUUUCAUAUGCAGUUCAGUUGUGGCAUCUGGUAACCCUCAAGGUUGUUCAGACUUAUGUGUAUGAAUACUACUGUAUGUGUGUGAGUGCUUGUGUGCCUAUGUGUUUAGUGACAGUAUGUGUAUGUGUGUGUGUGUUUUACAAACUGUGACAGAUUUAACAGAUGUGUUUAUUUGUGUUUAUGUACUGUACUUUAGAGCUAUGAAGAGUUUCAUUCAACAUUUCUAGAAAGUCAUGUCAUGUCAAAUGUCAGAAAACCAUUGCUGGCAUGAAACUUAAGUAUAAUAAGUCAUGUUAACAUUCACCAAAAUGUUAUUACCUUGUAGAAUAGAACAUUUCCCCCCUUGACCAAGACCUUUUGAUUUCCAUAGGCAGAAUUUGAAUUAAUUAAAAAAAGGGCCCAUAGUAUUUUGGAAUGAACACUCUGUGUAGCUGUGUGUAUGUGUAUUAUUAUGUAGUAUGAUUUUGUACAUUAUACUGCAGUAAAUACAGUAUAAUGCAUUAAUGGAAGAAUUUUGUGUUUGGGUGAAGUUGUGCCCCUAUUUACAAUGUGUUUGUUGUCUCUACCUCUUCCGAAGGACUUAGCCAUGAAGAUUUGUGUUUAUUCAAGAGAAAUAAUGUAUUUGGAAUAUUCAGAACAUAAACUGAGAUAUCUUUAAAUAUUUUUUCUAUUUCUUGUGGUAAAUUGUGAUAUUUAAAAAAAAUAGUAUUUUUGUACAGUGAACCGUUUGACAUAUUUUCAUAUUGUGUGUAUUUUGGUAGAAAUAACUAUAAAACAUUUUUACUGAAACAUUGAAUUGACCUAUGCAAAACAUCAGAGAAACAAAAUAAUAAUGGAAAGGUGCAAUAUUGUGGUGAAAUUUACUUAUCAUUGUGAUCUUUUUGUGAAGAUGUUGUUUGUUUCUACUGUAAUUAAUAGUAAAAUGGAACAAAUUUUUG